CGAAAACUUCCUUCAUAUACAGAAGCAUUCAGAAGAUCCUUCUCAUUUCUCACAAAACUAAACCAACAAUGGCGCUUCGUAAACUCUUCACGAAGCGCCUAUUCGAUGGUGCCAAAACGACGCCGCAGACUGCGGCGUCAACCGAUCACGCAAUCGUCUCGCCGUCUCUGCCUCCGCCGCAGCAAGCCAUCGUGCCACCGAACGCGUCGAAAACAAUCUUCCACCGCGAUUACCUAACCUCGCCGGAAAAUUCCUCCUCCUUCGACGGAGGAUUUUUCCGGAGGUUUUUUCUCCGGCGAGCCGUGUACCACUCCGGCACGGCGAGGCUCCUGUCCCUUCCCGUCGGCGAGAAGCUCAGGGAGAAACUCAAAGGCAUCAACAGCGCCGGAGAUCGAGAUCGCCUCCACCUCGCUCCGGUGCCGGAGGCCGGAGAUCCGGUGAUCGGAAGCGGAAUAACCGUGGCUGAAGUAAGGAAAGUUCUCAGAGCGUCGCAGAUGGAGAAGGUGAAGGCGAAGCUGAGAGACAUUGCUGAGAACUCAGUUUCGUACUCUGAGUUCGUGCGGAUCUGCGUCGAGUGUUGCCAGAAUCACGAACAAGGUGUUGAGUUUGCGAAGAUGUUGGAUGAUUCCGGAAACGUCAUCGUUUUGGGGAACGUCGUUUUUCUCCGGCCAGAGCAGGUUGCAAAAUCAAUAGAAAGCUUAAUCAAUCAAUCAAUAUCAAAGCCCAACGACCCAAAGAGGAAGGAGCUAGAACACAUGGAGAAUCAAAAGGCAAUGAUUGAUGACAAAGCAAAAGCCCAGGUUCGAGCCGAGCUUUAUUGUGGGCUAGGCUUCUUGAUAGUGCAGACUCUUGGGUUCAUGAGGCUCACUUUCUGGGAGUUGAGUUGGGACGUAAUGGAACCCAUAUGCUUCUUCGUUACUUCCAUGCACUUUGCACUUGCUUACCUUUUCUUCCUCAGAACCUCCACAGAGCCCACCUUCCAGGGCUACUUCCAUCGCCGAUUCAAGGCCAAGCAAGAGCGCCUCAUGAAGGCACACAACUUUGACAUCCAAAGGUACAACGAGCUCUGCAAGGCAUGUUGUCCUCAUCACCAUGGUAGUGCAAAAUCUGAACCUUCCUUCCACCAUUCACAAGAGACAUUUUUUGGAGUCCGUUGAAGAAUCUUGUGGGGAUCACUGUCUAAAUAUUAUCAAGUGAUCACCAUGCAGCCUGAUGAAACCUUUUUCAAAGAUAGCAAAAACUAGAGUGUAUAUUUACUAAAGUUGAUAACUGAAAUUUUUAUCAGUUUGACCGAAGUCGCUUUUCUUUACAAUAGAAAAAGAGAGUAUUAAUAAUGCCAAGGGCUUUGUGCGGUCUUGGAGAAAAAAAUCUUAAGAGGAAGAUCACAUUAGUACCACGAAGGGGACAAAACGAAACUUGUAUCAAGCGAAUAGCGAAUAGGGACAAACAAACCUCGUACACAAGAGCAAUACUACAAUACAUUUCAUGAUAAAACAAUUCAAUA